ACAGACCUGGGCUACAUCUGCAUCACUGUCCCCAAAGCCAUGCACAAUUCUCUCCAGAACACCACAACCAUCUCCUACAAGGGAUGUGCUGCACAGCUCUUUUUCUUUUAUUUCUUCAACUCAGCAGAGUCUUCCCUCCUCAACAUCCUGUGCUACGACCGCUACAUUGCCAUCUGCAAACCCCUGCACUACGGGACCCUCCUGGGCAGCAGAGCUUGUGCCCCCAUGGCAGCAGCUGCCUGGGCCACUGGGUUUCUCACUGCUUUGCUGCACACAGCCAAUACAUUUUCCCUGCCCCUGUGCCAGGGUAAUGCCCUGGGCCAGUUCUUCUGUGAACUCCCACACAUCCUCAAGCUCUCCUGCUCACACUCAGGCUACCUCAGGGAAAUUGGGCUUCUCUGGUUUACCAUCUCUUUAGGACUUGGCUGUUUUGUUUUCAUUGUUUUCUCCUAUGUGCAGAUCUUCAGGGCUGUGCUGAGGAUCCCCUCUCAGCAGGGACAGCACAAAGCCUUUUCCACGUGCCUCCCUCACCUGGCCGUGCUCUCCCUGUUUAUCAGCACCUUGUUCUUUGCCUACCUGAAGCCCCCCUCCAUCUCCUCCCCAUCCCUGGACCUGAUGGUGGCAGUUCUGUACUCAGUGGUUCCUCCAGCACUGAACCCCCUCAUCUACAGCCUCAGGAACCAGGAGCUGAAGGAUGACCUGAGGAAAAUGAUGACUGGAUGCUUUUCAGGAGCAAUAAAGUGCCUGUUUUCUGGUGUGUAG